UUGUUGCUUGUGUCUCUGUCCUUGGAGCCCUGUGGGAAGCACCUGCCGCGGUACUGGUCCUUUAAGUGCUGCUGCUAAGCUAAGAAAUAAGGUGACACCGCUGCAGCUCCCCAGUGUACAGCGUUUGGACAACCUUUGUCUUCUACAGAACAGCAGUGCAGCCCUGAGCCUCAACCCUGAGACCCUGAGCAGCCCAAGGCUAAAACGGAGCUUACUGGAGACAGAGAUCAGCGCCAAGAGAAAGGAGUGUGAAGCGCUUGAGGCAGAGGUGAAGAAAAAAAAUCAAACAUGUCAGACUUUGGAGAAUGAGCUUCAAGACUUUUUCCAGGAGAACACACACUUAAGCCUCCGGUUUUUCAACGGCAGUCAUAAACCAUCUGAAUAUGAGAGGGUGAAGUCUGAGUAUGCCCAACUCAAAGAUACGCUCGGUGCUGUGACGCAGGAGAGAGAUUUAGCCCUGUGGGAGAGAAACCAGCUCCAAGGCAAACUGGAGAACCUAGAGCAGGUGCUCAAGCAUAUGCGUGAGGCUGCGGAGCGGAGGCAGCAGCUCGAGGUGGAGCAUGAGCAGGCCUUGGCUGUACUCAAUGCAAAGCAGCAGGAGAUUGACCUGCUUCAGAAGGCUCAGGUUGAGGCGAAAAAGGAACAUGAGGGCGCUGUCCAUCUUUUAGAGAACCACUUGGACAGCAUGCAGGCCAAAGUGCGCGAGCUGGAGGAGAAAUGUCGGAAUCAGAGCGAGCAGUUCAACCUGCUGUCCAAAGAGCUGGAGAAGUUCCGUCUUCAGGCGGGCUUUGACAUCCUCAGCACUGAACCUAUGACAGUGUGUGAAUCUCCUGCUUCUCCCAACAAAUCUCUGUCCCAGCUUCUAAAUGGAUUGGCAGCCCCCAUAGGCAAAGGCAGUGAGACUCCGGCAAGCAGAUCUUUGAUAUCGGAGUUCAUUCGUCCACUCCAGACCAGUGGGGACAAACCGGAGCUCCUCUCUGUCAAGCCAACAUUCCUUACUCGCAGUCGAGGCAGCAGUUCAGCCAGGACACUUCUUUCUGAGAUGGACAAAGAGCUUGGUUUGACCACCAGGUCUAAGCCACGGUUUACAGGGAAGGUCCGCCUGUGUAUAGCUCGCUACAGUUACAAUCCUUAUGAUGGGCCAAAUGAGCAUCCGGAAGCAGAGCUUCCUCUGGUGGCAGGAAAGUACCUCUAUGUUUACGGAACAAUGGAUGAGGAUGGCUUUUAUGAAGGAGAGCUCCUGGAUGGCCAACGGGGGCUCGUCCCCUCCAAUUUUGUGGAUUUUUUAAAGGAGGAGACAACCUCCAUUCAACACAGGGACUCAGUAGCUAAAGAACCUGGCAACCUCAACCACAGCAGCCUGGGACCUCAGAGACUGGGAGUCAGCAGGGGGAUGGAGACAGGUUUAGGCAGCCUGCUGUCUGACAGUAAAGAAGGCUGCCAAAACAGCGGCAGCAGCCUGGGCAUGGACCUCCUGGGCUCCUCCAGCAAUGGGACGGGAACCUUAGAUGUCAAUAUUGACGAGGUUGGUGAAAACAUUGUGCCUUAUCCUCGCCGCAUCAACCUGAUUAAACAACUGGCCAAGAGUAUCAUCAUUGGCUGGGACCCCCCUGUUGUUCCUCCUGGCUGGGGCUCCAUCAGUGGCUACAAUGUCUUGGUGGACAAGGAGAUACGAAUGAGUGUCCCCUACGGGGGCAGGACUAAGUCCCUGAUUGAGAAACUCAAUCUCGCAACCAACACCUACAGGAUCUCCGUGCAGAGCGUGACUGAGCGCGGUUUGUCAGACGAGCUCCGGUGCACAGUGCUGGUGGGAAAAGACGUGGUGGUGGCCCCUUAUUACCUGCGGGUGGACAACAUCACGCAGGGCUCCGCUGAGCUCUCUUGGAUGCCCAGCAACAGCAACUACAGUCACACCCUCUUCCUCAAUGGCGCAGAGUACGACAUGGUCAAGGCCGGCGGGUAUAAAUACCAAUUCUUCAAUCUGAAGCCCAUGACGGGUUACAAAGUGAAGGUUGUGGCACAGACGCACCAGGUGCCUUGGCAGCUUCCGACUGAGCAGAGGGACAAGAGGGAAAUCUCUGUGGAGUUCUGCACCCAAGCUGCAGGGCCCCCACUCCCUCCACAGGAGGUUCAGGUCCAGUGUGGUCAGACCCCCGGGGUUCUGCAGGUUAGAUGGAAGCCCCCGCCGCUGACUACAGCUGGUACUUCCAACGGUGCCAGUGUAAUUGGCUAUGCUGUAUGCACAAAGGGACAAAAGAUUGCAGAGGUCUUGUACCCCACAGCAGAUUAUGUGACGGUGGAGUUAAACAGAAUCCAAUGUCUGGAGGCCAGGGAGGUCAUCGUAAGGACGUUGUCAACUCAAGGAGAGUCCCAGGAUUCACCUGUGGCCAUCAUCCCGCAUAAUUUAUUGGGCUCUCCUCGCCUGUCGCAUCGAACUACUGGGCCACCGCACACUUUGCCGCACCCACCGUCUCAUCCCGCCCUCUCCCAAACUCAUCCUCCUUAUCCAUCCACAUAUCCGCCCAUUCAUCCCCAGCCACAGGUGCAGCCUCUGCCUCGGGCCCAGCCACACACGCUGCCCCACGCGCAGACGCACUCGCAGCCCAUCUGUCACUCUUCACCCCACGCCAAUCCUCAGUUGCAGCGCCAGCCCAUGCCCAAGUCCAAACCGCUCAUAAGUGCCAGAGAGCCAGAAACCAAAGAGCAUGAGGCGAGCAUACGGCCCGCCCCGCCCUGGGAACGCUCCCCUUCCCCGCUGCCCCCGAUGCGCGGACCCAACCUGGAGCCGCCGGCCUUCCAAACACGGCGUUCGCCCUCUCCUCAGAGGAUCCUGCCGCAGCCUCAGGGAGUCCCCAUCCCCAACACUAUCGCCAAGGCCAUGGCCAGGGAAGCCGCCCAGAGAGUGUUUGCCGAAGGCAACAGGGGGGAGAAGAGGAACAUCUUCAGCGAGCGGGGUAACGCCCUACACCCACUUAACUCCGAUGAGGAGGAGGACGGUUAUGAUUCUCCUCAUGCAAGAAGAAAAGGGGCUUCGGUGGAUGAAUUUCUGAGAGGCUCUGAACUGGGCAGACAGCACCAUCAUCAUCAUCACCACCACUACAGCCAUAGUGAGGAGUACUACACAGAGAGCAGCCGGGGAUCAGACUUGUCUGACAUCAUGGAGGAGGACGAGGAAGAUCUCUACUCUGAGAUGCAAUUGGAAGAGGGCCGCAGGAGGAGUAUCAACUCUCACAACUCUCUAAAGGCGUAUUACAAGCGGCAAGACCUUGCUGAGGAAAGAGACUGCUGGGACCUCCAGAGGGAGGUCGUAAAGCAAAAAUCGCUGCGUAGCAAGCGUCUCCACAGCAUCCCGGAAGUAGAGGAAGAGACAGACGCUGUGGACAACAUGGGCCAGCGCCUGUGCUUCGAGGAAGGCAGACGGCCGGGAACCCCGCACGCUGCACGGAGGACGUACAGCCAUGACGGUUACAAGCACAACCGUGUCUCCUCCUCCAAGAGCCUUCGCCAUUUGCAGCGCCAGCGCUCCUCGCCUCGCUUCGCCGACAUCCGCUACUACUACAAUGCAGAGGACCGUAUGCUGGGUUGGCCUAACCGCCAGAACACCAAGAGUCCUGACAGUGGUCUGGACUGCGGUAGUGAGGAAGAAGGAUCGCUGGGCAGGGGUCAUCGAGGUUACUAUACCCACGGAGCUCCCAUGCGCAUCAUCCACUGUGAAGGGCCGGUAGAAAGGCGGGCGCUGGCCAUGGGCCGUAAGAGAACUUUGACGCGCCAGUGCAGUGUAGAAGAGGAGUUUGCUGACAUUCCAAUGACCUCUGCAAAGUCCGUCCACACUGGUGACUUUAAAAACCGGGAACACUUUGGGCCACGGAACUACCCGCGGCAGGGGGCCCAGAGUGAGGCAAGGCUGAACGAGCUGGACAGAGUCUAUUACAGUCCUCACAGGGAGGCUAGGGCCCAGUCUUUGUCCAGGCUCCACUGGGACCAGUCGCCGCUCAUUGGAAACUCCCCAUCUCACGGAAAUGCCAACCGUCUGGACCAUACGGGGCGGAAGCCGGUUCACAUCGGCAGCCCCCCCCAGCGACGGCCCAUCCCGUCCAUUGAGAUCACCAUGGACAGUAACAGUGAGGGGAGUGAGGGCAACCUCUCACCUGUCAAGGAGGAUGUUUACUAUGGGAGUGUAGCUGGGCGAAGAUUAUGGCCAUCUAUAUCCUCAGAGGAUCAAUAUGACAGCUACGGCGGACGCAGGCACGGGCAGGGACGCCGUUCGCUGGAUUACUUUGAAGAAUCGGAACCGGAUGAGCUGACGCGUGUCUUUGUGGCCCUGUUUGACUACGACCCGCUGUCCAUGUCUCCCAACCCUGACGCUGCUGACGAGGAACUUCCUUUCAAGGAGGGCCAGGUCAUCAAGGUGUUUGGAAAUAAAGACACAGAUGGCUUCUAUAGGGCGGAAAUCCGAGACAGAGUGGGUUUGAUUCCUUGCAACAUGGUCUCCGAAAUCCAAACGGAGGAUGGGAACAUGAUGGGCCAGCUACUCAAACAGGGCUUUCUGCCACUCAACACUCCCGUGGACAAGUUAGUAAACUGUGAUCGUUUCAAAGAUGGACGCGCAAUAAAUCGCAGGUCCAGAAAGUCCAAGCGAGAGAGAAACAGACGGAGUGGCCGUCAGCAUCCGAUGACAACCCGCAGAAUGGUGGCACUGUAUGACUACGACCCAAGAGAGAGUUCCCCAAACAUUGAUAUUGAGCCCUUGGUUUUUACUUACUCUCACCUUUCUAUUGGCACUCCCAUCCCACCGACACAGUGUGAGGGCCACAGACUAGAUGACGAGGCUGAAUUGACUUUCUGUGCUGGGGAUGUCAUCACAGUUUUUGGGGAAAUAGAUGAAGAUGGAUUUUAUUAUGGUGAGCUCAACGGACACAACGGUCUUGUUCCUUCCAACUUUCUAGAAGAAGUGCCUGAUGAUGUCGAGGUUUUUCUCACGGACUCACCUUCACGAUACCCCCAGGACACUCCCUCACGGAUAAAGACCAAAAGGGUUCCAGGGGACAAAUGGGGUCGGCCCAGAAGAGCAGGUUCUCCCCCAGUGCAUCCACACAUCCUGCACUCCCAUCAGGGCCCCACUGGACAUGCACGCCUCCAAAAAGACAAAAGGACUGCACUCCAAAGGAAAGAAACUGGUACUUGGCGCUGUUAACAGACAACUUGACCUAUAGUGGACAGGUGGCAUUUAUUCCGAUAGUUAAAACCUGACAAGUUACUGAUGUGAAAGUGGGACCAUGGCGUGCUUUUACACGCCGUGGUCAGUAUGCUGUGCAUUCGGCAAGCGUUUCCAAGUAUCAUGUUAACCACUAGGGAUUUCCCUUUACAAAUAAGCACACCGUCUCAGCUACAGGGUCUCCGUAGCCACUUUCGUCUCAUAGGUCAAACCUCCAUAUGCAGUACUUGCCUUAUUAGUUUUUUGUUCAACAUUUUGUCAAAUGUGACCACGUUAAUGCAGAUGUCUCAUUUGUGUUGUCUCGAAAACUACGUGGCACUCUAGUUCAGGCUAUGGUAAAUGUCCUCCAAGAGUCCUUUACCGAUGACUUCAAAAUGCAAUGCCCUGACACAAAAGAAUACAUAUACAUAUAUAUAUAAUUUUAUAUCAGUAACAAUGAGCACUUUCAGUCCAUUAGGACCCUUUGGAGAUUGGAAUGAAAGUGGAGUCCACCUGACAAAAGGCUACCUCUUUAGAGCCCAUCUCUCCUGGACCCAAACCAACUUCAUUGGAAAUGUUAGAUCCCGACACUCGCAUGAUGAUGAUGCAGAAUUCAAGUACUGUAAACCUAUGUGUAGCCACACUUCUUAUACUGUCUGUAGUGAAUGUAUGAUCAGUUGAAAGCCAAUGUAUUUAGCUAGACCCAUAACAGUGCAACGACCAUCACAGAGCAUUAAACCCACAUCCCAUCCCCAUGCGUCAAUAGGGACGGGUGUACCCCGAACAAAAACCUCAAACUGCCAAAAGAAAGAUCCAAUGUAUGCAACACAAUCUGAAAAAUGUGUACACUUCUUGUUCAGAAAUAUGUCAACCUAUGUGACGACCGGCUAUUAGACUAACAGUUUCCUGAGUCAACAUUGCUUCCAAUCAUUUUUGUGUGACUGUUGCUCUUUUGUAAAUUGUUUAUAAAUGUUUAUACUUGAUUUUCAGACUGCCUUUUUUGUACAUUCACUUUAUAAUUAUGCAGUGCAAGCGUUUGUCAUGGUGUGAAGACCUUUUAGUUUGCAAUGUGAGCUAGCUUUAUAAUAAUAAUCAGCCUAUAUUGAUGGAUUCAAACUACCGUGUGGGUGCAUGUGCAAUCUUUUCUAAAUAAAUUUGAUAUUUUGUAA